UAGCCUUUGAUUGGUCAGCUUGACUGGCGACCUUUCCCCUCUGCGACAGUUUCCCGAGGUACCUAGUGUCGGAGCGGCACAGACGAGAUCUCGAUCGAAGGCGAGAUGGCGGACGUGCUAGAUCUUCACGAGGCCGGGGGCGAAGAUUUCGCCAUGGAUGAGGAUGGGGACGAGAGCAUUCACAAACUGAAAGAAAAAGCGAAGAAACGGAAGGGUCGCGGCUUUGGCUCCGAAGAGGGGUCCCGAGCGCGGAUGCGUGAGGAUUAUGACAGCGUGGAGCAGGAUGGCGAUGAACCCGGACCACAACGCUCUGUUGAAGGCUGGAUUCUUUUUGUCACUGGAGUCCAUGAGGAAGCCACUGAAGAAGACAUACACGACAAAUUCGCAGAAUAUGGGGAAAUUAAAAACAUUCACCUCAACCUCGACAGGCGAACAGGAUAUCUGAAGGGGUAUACUCUAGUUGAGUAUGAAACAUACAAGGAGGCCCAGGCUGCUAUGGAGGGACUCAAUGGCCAGGAUUUGAUGGGACAGCCCAUCAGCGUUGACUGGUGUUUUGUUCGGGGUCCACCAAAAGGCAAGAGGAGAGGAGGCCGAAGACGCAGCAGAAGUCCAGACCGGAGACGUCGCUGACAGGUCCUCUGUUGUCCAGGUGUUCUCUUCAAGAUUCCAUUUGACCAUGCAGCCUUGGACAAAUAGGACUGGGGUGGAACUUGCUGUGUUUAUAUUUAAUCUCUUACCCUAUAUGCAUACUAUUUGAGUUGCGAAUAAAUGUUCCAUUUUUGUUUUCUACAUUUAAUAUUACUUUCCUAUCGUAAAAUUGAAAGUUCUAAAGCAUAGUAAGGCUGUAUGGAUCAUUGUGAAGAUAAUUCUAGGGACUGAACUCUAUUUCUUUUUUUUUUUUUGAGAUAGAGUCUUGCUGUGUUCCCCAGGCUGGAGUGCAGCUGCGUGAUCAUAGCUCACUGCAGCUUCAAACUCCUGGGCUCAAGCCAUCCUUCUGCCUCACCCUCCCUAGUAGUUGGGAUUACAGGCACAUGCCACCAUGCCCGGCUAAAUUUUUAAUAUUUUUGUAGAGAUGGGGUCUUGCUGUGUUGCCUGGGUUGGUUAUGUGAAUUUCUAUACUAUAUUAUUUUGUUCCUGUAUACUCUGUUAGGAUCAGAUAGAUGUUAUAGAAAUGUCUUUUGUUUCUCCUGCACUUCUUGAUGUCACAGUUUUUUGUACUUCCUGCUGUCUAAGGGCAUGAAUCUCCUGUUGGAGCAUUCUCCCAGACCCUUCUUUAGAAGAGUCUAUACUAAGUUCUUGGUGCCCUCUUCGGCAGCCAAAGGUGAAGGCCCCAUAGAGGAGAGGAUCCAGAGGAGCAUUGAGGAGGCCAAAAAGGAAAAGGAUGUGGCUCAGGCUGGGAGGGACUUCAGUUAGCAUGGUGGGAGAGAACCAGUACCACAGACCCAGUAGGUAAUAAGGUGUCCAGCAGAGGAUGAAGGUCAGCAAGAUAAGCAGGGCCAGUCUCAGGGCCCGGAGACAAACACGGGGACGAUUGUCAAAGGAGCGGCGGAGGGCAAAUUCACCAGCAGGGGCUAGGAAUUUAGCAAAUAUACUGUAAUUCAGAGUCUAAGCUUCUGAACUGAGUAUAGGGUGAACUGAUGGAGGAGCAUAGCUAGUGACACAGAGCUUGCCUCCUACAAGGAGGAGAAUGCUGCAAACCCUUUUCCCCUUCCCAACCUAGGACUAUAUGAUCUCUUACCCCCAGGGAUUAUGAUAGGAAUGUGAAGCCACCCAGUCUACUUUAAGACUUGAUGGUGUAUAAGAAUAAAUAAUACUGAUUGCCUCCCUAGUCCCUGUCCAGCUAACUCAGCUGUUUAUAAUUGAAAGGAUUCAACAAAAUUAGCAUCAGGUGCUAGACAUAUGGUUAGGAUCUCACCACAGUUGAGUGACUGGUAGAUAGCUAUUAGGUAGGUAGAUAAAUGAUGCUAGAGGCAACAGGUCUAGGGUUAAGGAUUAAGGCCUGGGAAUUGGAGUCUCACCAUGGCUCCCCUUCCUUGUCUGAGGGCUGGACACACUGAGGACAAUGCGGCUAUAGCAGAUGGCCAUGGCAAUCAGUGGCAGCAGAAAGAGGCAGCAGAAGGUGAAGAGGUUAUAGGUGGUCGCUUGCCAUCGAGCCUUGAAGCUGCCUUUGGUGACACACUGAGUGAAAGGGACUGGGCCAGCUCGGUGGACGGUAUGGAACAGGAACAGCUGGAGUGGAGUUCAGGACUAUUAGAACUGGUUCCCCUCACCACCCAGCCUACCCACCUAUGUCAUACUGUCUCCUCCCAAUUCAUCCUUAAUUCCAAGUGAAGCAGCACAGUGCUGAAAAACAGUUCAUCCAUGGUGCCAUGUUAAAGAGGUUGGAAAUAUGUCUUGAAAAUCCUGUCUUCCUUUUAGGCUUGAAUAUGAUGCUGAGCAGUAAGUUUGUUAAAUCUCGGAACUUAAUCCCACCUUCUCAAGUACUAUUCUAACACUGCGCUUUGUAAGGGAUGAUAUUUCUACCACCUCACUCAUAUUUUUAGCUGAAAUGAUUUUCCUGGUAUGUCUGUUUUGUGGAAAAAAAAACUGUGUAAAGUGGGUGCUGCCAAAAUUCCAGGCCAUUUUGCAGUGACUCUGAAGUGACCUUUAGUAGUAAUAGUCUUAUGUGCAGUAACUAUAAUGGUAAAGAAUGUUAAAUAAUAAAAUGUAACAUUUUCCAAAUGCU